UGUCAUUUUCUUGUCAAGCUGGAGCACCCUCAAGGUCCCAGCUCAUAACUUAUUUUAUUUCAAAGUAAUCACACGAAAUGGCUGAUACGGCUACUGAAAUUCCUAUAGCCAUCGAGGAGGGUGUGAGGGAAGCAGUGAAAAAUGUUACAGACCGGCCACCAUCGAGUAUUGAGGGCGUCGCGAUUGCCUACUUAAGUUUAGUUAUUAUGGCUAUUUUGCCGAUAUUUUUCGGAUCAUUUCGUUCUGUGAAGUACCUAAAAGAGCAAAAGGAAUCAGGUGAGCGCGCAGAGACGAUGUCAAACAAGGACGCCCUGAUGUUCCCUCUCAUCGCGUCGUGCGCUCUCUUCGCUCUCUACGUGUUCUUCCAAAUCUUCUCCAAGGAGUACAUCAAUCUGCUGCUCACCGGCUACUUCUUCUUCCUUGGAGUGCUGGCUCUGAGUCAUCUGUUGAGCCCAAUCAUCUCGUUCCUGGUACCCGCUUCGGUACCGAACGUGCCGUACCACAUCCACUUCACUCGCGGCGAGCGAGACCAGAAGACUGACAUUGUCAACUACAAGUUCACCAGCUAUGACGUCAUCUGCGUCUGCAUCUCACUGUGUCUGGGAGCCUGGUACCUGUUCAAGAAACAUUGGAUCGCCAACAACCUUUUCGGCAUUGCGUUUGCCAUCAACGGUGUGGAACUGCUACACCUGAACAAUGUGGUCACCGGCUGCAUUCUUCUCUGCGGACUGUUCCUGUAUGACAUCUUCUGGGUGUUCGGGACUAAUGUCAUGGUCACCGUUGCCAAGUCCUUUGAGGCUCCUAUCAAACUGGUAUUUCCGCAAGACCUGCUAGUGAAUGGUCUGAACGCGUCCAACUUCGCCAUGCUCGGCCUCGGCGACAUCGUGGUCCCGGGCAUCUUCAUCGCGCUCCUCCUCCGCUUCGACAAGAGCCUCAAGCGGGGCUCAGAGUUCUACUUCAGAGCUACCUUCUCCGCUUAUAUACUAGGGUUGUUGGCUACGAUCCUGGUGAUGCACGUGUUUAAGCACGCUCAGCCGGCGUUGUUGUAUUUAGUGCCGGCGUGCUUGGGCACGCCGCUGGCUCUAGCUUUACUACGGGGUGAUAUACAUGCGCUCUUCAAUUACGAAGACCAACCCGCCCUUGUAGAAGAAGACACCAAGGCAAAGAAGACUGAGUAAGAAGCACAAACCAUGGCAAGCGCACAUACCAAUUACCAGGCCUCAAACUCACGGUAGCGUACACGACCACAGAGUAGUAAUUUUGUACAUACUGUUUCAAUGCAACAUAUUAGACGAAUCAAUGCACAAAGUUUAUGCAGCUAGGUUGGAGUUCGAGUAGCUCUUUGGAACAAUUCAUGACUUGAUUGACUUUUUUUACUGUCUCUAUGUUAUCAGUCGAGCUUUUAGUUAUGUCAUUCGAGGUAUUGCCACAUAAAAAAUGGAACAUAUAUAUUGCAGGAACGGACACAUAGUCAAAAGGUGUCAUUUACUCUAUAUUAAAAAUGGAAUUAAAUAUAAUUAAAUAAUUUAUACAAAAAUGUUGCCAUGUUUAAGCAUUUUACGUAAAAACAUGACAGAUACUAAAAGUGGCGCCCUCUUUUUUUUCAAAUAUGUGUUCAUAGUUCUGAUUGACAGAACACAAUGUCGAGUUCUUAUCUAACCUAACAGCAUUUUUUACUGUGUUGUGAUUUUUUUCUUUGUAAUCUGCAUUCUAUGUAAAUUGAAGACUUACUAAAAAUUUAAUUAUGACAAAACGAGGGUUUAAGUCUUCCUUAACUCUUUAAAUUGGACCUUAAGGUAUAAAAUUGAAAUAUUUAGACUUGUAUAAAGCUAAAAUGGCUACUGUGACAAACAGCCUCUUAAACGAGUGUAUGAAUUUACAUGACUAAUAUUCGUCAUUUAGUAAAAUAUUGCAUUUGAUGGUACCGGGUUCAAAACCUGACCAAAAUGUGUGACAUUAACUAUAACAUGAGCCCGUCCUCGACCUAAUAUUAUUAUUUACAGUUUUAAAUGGUCUAAAGUAAUAAUUUUACUCAAUUUGCCGAGAAUCAAUAGACAAUUUAAAUCCUAUUAUAAAGGUCACAAUGGCAUUUUCUUAACUUUUGCACUUACAACUACUUGAUAUUUGUUAACAAACAGUAUAACAAUUUGAUACUUGUUAUUCUGUAUUCUAGAACACCUAAUAUAUAUCUGCCCAACGUUGGGACGAGGCUGGUUAUCUUCCGCAUAAUAUCUUCCAGUGUGGGAGUGUUUAAGGCUAAGGGAAUAUAUAAUAUAUAGCCCGUGCUGUGGGCGGCCGAUCGUUAUAUCCGCCAGUUCAUCAAAUUCCUAGGAAUUUCGUGAAAAUCAUUGAUUUUUCUCAACGGUUUUGGGAGGCAAUCUGUUGAUCGCGACUACCGUAAAAAUAAACUUUUAUUUCACGAUCUGACGGAUUUUAGGAUCGGCCGCCGACAUGCAUAGUUUACUUAUAGGUUGUAAUAAAUGUAACUUGGUGUUUCCCUUCUGUACACUUUUUAUGUCCUUCAUUUAUAAUGUGUUUAUAUACGUCUUAUUUAUAAAUAUUACAUAGUUUUAUCUCUUUCUUUAUGCUAGGUGUAAGAGAGAGACAAAACAUGGGUUAAUAAAUAUGAGACAUUCUUUGUUAACGAAAUUUGAUAUUUUUGUGUUGUUUCAUGCAAUUAGAUUAAGUUUAUUUUUGUUACGAUCUAGUUUUCAAAUGAUAUAUAUUAUUUUUGUAUUUCGGGAGUUACCAAUAGUCACAAUUUGUUUCUCGUGAAACGUAUACUUCGCACUGGCAACCCUGGGGGUGCGUUUUCGAAAAAAAAAAAUAAAAAAAAUAUCGCAGCGAAUCAAUGCAGACAACAUUCCGAAAAAAAUCGU